AGCAGUGACUCUGCAUAUGCCCUCGUUGCUUUCAGUGCCGCUGAUCUCACACCGUCUCAACUAGCCAUUGUGCUACUGGGUUUCCUCAGACCAACAAUGUGCGACUACUCCCUCUUCUCUCCUCCCAGGCUUGAAACCUUCCAAGAAAGUUGACCACAGACCACUGUUCCGAGGACAUCAGAGAGAUUCUGAGGUAAAUAGAGAACUCAGCUGUUGAGAAGAGGAGGGGAAAAGAGGUGGUGGUACGAGCUGCGUUUGGAAAAGAGCGUGAAGCGUCAUCGCCCGUGCUCGUCAUCAUGGUGCGCAACGUGGACGACCUUGACUUCUGCCUCUCCUCGCACCCGCAGAGCAUCCUGGACGGCCUGCGCUCCCUGUGCUCGCAGCCCAAGCUGGUGGACGUCAUGCUGAGCGCGGGCGGCCGAGACUUCCCCUGCCACCGCGGCGUCCUGGCCCUCUGCAGCCUCUACUUCCGCUCCAUGUUCUCGGGCGACUUUGUGGAAAGCAUCGCGGCUCGCGUGGAGCUCUGUGACGUCGACCCCGACAUCUUAGCCGCCCUGCUGGACUUUGCCUACACAGGCAAGCUGACCAUCAACCAGGGCAACGUGGAGGGCCUGAUCCAGACGUCCAGCCGGCUGCAGUUCCAGACGGUGAGGGCGGUGUGCAGCCGCUACCUGCAGCACCAGAUGGAUGCCAGCAAUUGCCUGGGCAUCCUGGAGUUCGGCGACAUCCACGGCUGCCCGGAGGUGGUGGCCAAAGCCUGGGCCUUCCUGCUGGAGAACUUUGAGGCUGUGCAGCACGGAGAGGAGUUCCAGCUGCUGGACAAAAGCAAGCUUGCGGUGUGCCUGAAGGACGAGGGACUGCAACUCAGAGACGAGCGAUCCUGCGUCCAAGCGGUGCUCACUUGGGUCAGGCAUGACGUAGAGGCCAGACACUGUCACCUACCGGAGCUGCUGGGUCUGGCUAGACUCUCAUUUUUACCGGAGGCCUACUUUACCGAGACCCUGCUGAAAGACAGUCUUAUUCAGGACUCACCAGCUUGCAAGGACCUUAUAGAGACUGCUUAUAAGGAGAAACUUGACCUGAAGUCAGGUGGCUCUGACGAGCGACUCUCUCGGAUCAACCAGCACAAUCUCCAGGAAGUUCUGUUUGUGGUGGGGGGUCGCUCGCUGGAUGACACGGAUGAUGAGGACGAGGAGGACGAAGAACCUAUUCUGCGUCCCCACAACUGUGCUUACUAUGACACAAAGCAGGGCAAAUGGAACCAGCUUCCUGACUUUCCUAACUACAACAAGUGGGGCUAUUCUUCGGUGUGCUUAAACAAUGACGUUUAUGUCACAGGAGGGUCACGGGGGUCGCAGUCAAACACCUGGUCAACCACGGAGACCUGGAAGUACAUCACUCGCGAGGGGAAGUGGGUUACGGUAGCUCCAAUGCUCCGGCCCAGGACUAACCACACCUCGGCCGCACUCAACGGAGAAAUCUAUGUCAUCGGAGGCACCACCAUGGAUGUUGUCGAGGUUGAACAUUAUGAUCCAUACAGCAACAGCUGGGCCAUCAUAACGCCAGCGCUGAGAUAUGUCACCAAUUUCACUGCCACUGGCUGCCUUGGGAAGCUAUAUAUCAUUGGCUCCUGUGCCGUGAAGUACAAUGCAUUGACGCUGCAGUGCUACAACCCUGUCAUAGAUGGCUGGAGCAUCAUCUGCUCUCCCUUCAUCCCCAAGUACCUCUCCUCUCCUCUCUCGGUGUCUGUGGAUGGCUUGAUUUACCUCAUCGCAGACAACACCAAGAAAGUCUAUCUCUAUGACCCAGAAGCCAACAUGUGGCAGAAGGUCCAGUUUCUUCACACCCUCCAUGAGAAUGGGGGGCUGGUGGCGGUAGGGGGGAAGCUCUACGUCACCGGAGGCCACUGGAAGGGCAUGGAAGGGGACUACGGGGUGGAGGUGGAGGUGUAUAACCGAGGCUCCAACACCUGGAGGGUGGAGACCUUUCUGCCCCGGCUCUGGCAUUACAGUGGAUGCUGCUCCAUUUUUCUUGACCCGACACUAUGGACAGAACCAUUUCCAGAGGAGACUUAGCCAUAUAAAUGGGACUGUGCACACAUAGACACACACACACACACACACACGCUCCCUUUAUCUCUCUCUCACACUCUCUGUCUCUCGCUCUCUUACUCACACGCACAGACACAGACUCUCUCUCACACACACAUUCACAGUCACACUCACCCAUAAACACACAUACAGACACACACACACUGUGGCCAGGAUAUAUUGGAUAUCGCUCAGGAUACAGCUUGUACACAGCUUGUCCACUGGAAAUGUACUGUACACCUGCAGGCAGUUCAUGGGGCAAUAAUAGGUGCUUUUUUUAUUUUUGUUUUUAAUAGACUUGUUAUACAUUUACCUUUGAUGUUUCUUUGUUUAUUGAAGGUACUUUUAAGUGCUUUAAAACAAGAUGUUUGUAGGAUGAUGUUAGGUGAGAGGUGUUUUGUUAUCCUUGGACAACUAGUAAAAGCUCAAUUGUGUGCCUUUCUCAGAUUAUUAAAUUGUGCUUGUGAAAUUA